UCAUAAUAGACGUCCAAAAAUUCUUGAUAAUGCUUAUCUCUCAAUGACUUAACAGUGCAUCCAAAGAUAUAGUACAUCAGAUCCAAAACAGGCGAGCUAUAGCGUAUAAUUUGAAAGUCCAACAAACGAAUAGCAUUUGGAGUUCCGCUCUGAGAAGAGAAAUUAAUUUUUAACAUAUAUAUGAGUAUGAGCAUGCGUCGCGUAAGAUAAAAAAAGAAUUUUAGUCCAUUGAAAUUGAAAUGGAUAUAAAGAAAUUAAUAGAAGAGAUAGAGAAAUAUCCAGAAAUUUGGGAUCCAAAACAUCACUUAUAUCAUCAUAGACCAAGAAUCAUUGAAGUGUGGAAUGAAAUCGCAUUGGAAACAGGAAUACCAAAGCCCAUCUGCAAGUCUAAGUGGAAGUCUUUACGCGACAACUAUCGUCGAGAAUAUAAAAAGUUACUUAAACUUAAAAUGUCAAAUAGAAUAGCAAUAAGUGGCUGGAUCCACUUUAAUAAUUUAGAAUUUUUAGAAAAUGUUCUCGACAAGCGACAAAUUCAAUCUCAAGUUCUGUACGAAAAUGACAGCUCAAACUUGCAAAGUAAUAAUGAUUUAGCUAAUGACGAUAUAGAAACGAUUGUGAUUGAGCCUAGUGAUGAUGAUGAAUGUAAUUCAGAGUCUAAUAAUUAUAAUUAUGAUUAUGUGAAACAGCAACAAGAACAACAAAGGUUGAGAUUAAUUAAUCAACAGAAAAUGAUUCAAGAUUGUUGUCCACAUCCACCUGGUGAUGAAAUCAUGCACUUUUUCAAGUCUAUAACUCCAUAUCUAUCAAUGAUGGAUCCCACAAUGAAGUUAAGGGUUCGAAUAUCAAUUCAGGAAAUAAUUUUGAACGAAAUAUCAAGAAAGACAGACUUAUUAAAGAAAGAUCCACCUAUGGAUGCAAAAAAAUCAUCUGAGAAAGGAACAAGAAAAAAGACUGAUAAUUCAGCAUUAAAUGCUGUACCCAAACGUGUUAGCAAACGUGUUAUAAAAAGAAAUCGUAAAUACUUUGAGAAGUAAACAAUUUUUU